AGAAAGAACUGUAAAGAUGGAUGUGGUAAAUAUUUUAAGAAUGAAUGCAGGCAGUCGCAAAUGUAGUUAUGCUAAGAACUCUACACUUCAGAAAACUGUGCUAUUGAAGGCGCAAGAAGUUUUGGAAGAAACUAUCAAGGAUUAUGGUAGCCGUGGGUUCCCUGGAUGCUUUAAGAUAGCUGAUUUGGGUUGCUCUUCAGGGCCUAAUGCCCUGUUGCUUGUUGCAAAUAUAGUUGACAGCGUUCAUGCAUUUUGCCAACAGAAACAUCUGAAGGAACCUAAUGAGUAUCAAGUGUUUCUAAACGAUCUUCCAAGCAAUGAUUUCAACGCAGUUUUCAAAACAACACCAGAAUUGUGUUCAAAACUUGAAAACAAGAUUUCUCCUGAAAAGUCCAUAAACUGUUUCAUAUGUGGAGUGCCAGGUUCUUUCUAUAAAAGACUCUUCCCCGGUAACAGCCUUCACUUUGUUCAUUCUUCGUAUAGUCUUCAUUGGCUCUCUCAGGUUCCAGAGGAAGUACUGAACACUAACAAAGGAAAUAUCUACAUGGCAAACACGAGUCCUGGUAGUGUUUUUGAAGCAUACUCUAAUCAAUUUCGAAGGGACUUCACAGCAUUUCUACACAUGAGAUCCAAAGAAAUAGUAUCUGAUGGAAGAAUGGUGUUAACACUCAUUGGCAGGAGCUCUGCAGAUCCCACCAGCAACAACGACUGUUGUUAUGUUUUCGGAUUAUUAGCAAAGUCACUUCAAGACAUGGUGGCUGAGGGCUUAAUUCGCGGAGAAGACAUCAGUUCCUUCAACAUACCAAUAUAUAAUCCAUGCACGGAAGAAUUAGAGGCAGUAAUUGAAUCUGAGGGCUCGUUUAGUCUUGACAAAUCUGAAACCUUUGAAGUUAAGUGGGAUACUCGCGAUAAAUAUGAAAUAUUAAAGUCUGGUGAAGCCAGUGGCAAGUUUAUAGCCAAGACAAUGAGAGCUGUAACAGAGCCGUUGCUUGCUAGUCAUUUUGGAAAUACUAUGAUGAACAAGCUAUUUGAGAGGUACGCAAUGCACGUUACUGAGCAUCUGUCAAGGGAGGAACCUAAGUACUUCAAUAUCGUCGUCUCCUUAACGAAGAAAUGUAAAUCAUCUAGAAAUCAUUUGGACUGGGACUAGGAUCAUUUCAAAUUAAUAAUUUUGUUUUUUUCAAAUUAAAUGAGUUAUUUUUCUUCGUAGCAACAAAGAA